CAAACUCAGUUCGAUUUAAGCAAUUUUGAAGGCGGUUUACCAAUUUUUUUUUUAUAAUGGGACCCUGGCAUUUAGGCAUUCUACUGGCAGCCCUUAUAAUAUAUGAUUUGGUUCCUGCAAAUCAAGGACAGGACAUUAACCCCAUGAUUAUAAGACAAGUUAAGAAACUACGAACGCGAUGCUUAAAUCAGACAGGAGCCUCCGUAGAAAUUAUGGACCAUUCCGUAAAAAAUAGAAUGUUACCCAACGAUCCACUCGUUAAAUGUUUUCUACACUGCAUGUUUGAUAUGUUUGGAUUGAUUGACUCACAGAACAUUAUGCACUUGGAGGCACUUGUGGAAGUUUUACCGGAGGAAUUACACAACACAAUUAUUGGAUUAGUCGGCGCAUGUGGUACUAAGAAGGGAAAAGAUGGCUGUGAAACCGCUUAUGAGACCGUCAAGUGCUACAUCGAUGUAAAUGGCAUAUUUAUAUGGAAGCAGAUGGUAUCGCUACUUGGAUAGCGGUCACCCACCUGAAUAGAUCGCGAUCCACGAUUCCCAGGAGCAGUAGACAGCGCAGGAUGCGCAGUGACUCGAUCUGAACGCGAACCAUUUGGACCUG